UCGAUGACUUGUCAACAAACUAACCUUAACUAGCUUCAACAUAAAAAUGCGUUCAUUUUCAAACUGUUUCUUAUUUCGCCGACUUCUACCUUAAAUUAACUUCAUUUUAAAUUCACGCAUUCAUGUAGCAGAUGUCUUAUCUUUCUUUCGACUUCUUAAAGCGACCAAACAUGGUGGACCCAAUCGAGCACGGCGAGCAGCUGGUGGAGCGGAUACACGAUGACAUCACCAACAACUCCUUCUACCACAUCACUGCAACCGGCGUCGUACCAAUCGACGACCCCAGUGACGUCAUGGACGUCGACCACCCCCGUGACGUCAUCCGGAGACGGGUCGUGGUGGAGUGGGAACAACGUCGAUACGAUGACGAGUGCCGAGACCGCGACUCCUGCAACGACCACGACGGAAAUGACGUCACCGAUGACGUCAUCAACAACGACAGAAACGGCAACAUCUGCGACUACACCACAGCCAAACUACGCCCAGAACGGGGGCUACUACUACCAAUACCUGGACGCGAGCGGCUACCCGCGCAUAGAACAGGGAUACUACAAGAGAGUCAAGGGACAACUGGUCUUAGUGAAACAAGGAGGCUACACGGUGCUCUACCCGGACAACCGACUUCAUUGGAUCAGCUACAUCGCCGAUGAAUACGGUUUCAGAACGAAAGACUAUAUUUUCUACGAAAUGUAACAUGAUGUGACAUAGUCGGGGAGAAAACAUAAGGCAGAGGCGGUUUCACAAGUUGGAAACACCAUUAUCCUCCAUUCAAAUCCGUUUCAAAUAUCGAUAUUUUUAAAUACAUUUAAAAAGAGGAAAA